UCGUUUCACUUCCUUCACCUCACUUUGGUCUGAACCAAUACUAUGGUGUUCCCAAUCUCCUUCUCCUCAUUACUGUGACUUACCAUCAUCAUUUGGUUUCACUUUUGUGUCGCUGCUUUACUCAUCUCGCCUCCGACGUGCUACGUCGAUUCUGAAUUUCCGUCGUCCUUGUUCCACUGUGUUGCAGACUUGAAGCUUGCUCCAAUGGUAGAAACGACACACGUAGAACAUGAUGCAAAUCUUCACCAUUCAUCACCACCUCUGGGCACCGAUAAUGUGAAUAUUACAUCCAAUCCAAUGGUUGAAGGUGUAGAAAAAUUGGUGAAUGAUAUUGUGGAGCAGGCAAAAGAGAAUAUUGUUAGUAAUGUACCACACUUAGAAAUGGAGUUUGAGUCUGAGGCCUUGGCAUAUGAAUUUUAUAAUGAGUAUAGUAGGAAAUGUGGUUUUGGUAUCCGUCGAGAAUAUGCAAAUAAAAGCAAAAAAGAUGGAGUUCUUACUUCAAGAAUAUUUAUGUGCUCCAAAGAGGGUAGAUGCGGUGGUGACAAACGUGAUUACUUGACAAAAGAGGCUCGAGCAGAAACUAGAACAGGAUGUUUAGCACGUAUGGUUAUUUCACUUGUUCGGAAGAUUGGAAAAUACAAGGUUAUUGACUCUGUAGCGAGACAUAAUCACCUUCUUCUGCCAGCUGAGUAUGUUUAUAUGAUUUGCUCUCAUCGACACAUAUCUGAGUCACAAGCAUCCCAAAUUGUAUUGCUAUCACACACACACAUAUAUAUAUAUAUAUAUAAAAUACAUGUUACUUCUACUAUUAUGUAGGAACAAUCUCCAAUAGCCCAUGAUGGCAUACAUGCUUGGAAUGGAAGCCAUUCUGGAUAUGGAAGCCAUGCUUUGAUGGCAAAUCAAACUGAGAAUGCAAGUCCGCAUUUACCUUUAAGAGAAGCCGAUAAUGGAAGUCUACAUGAGAUUAGGAUCCUGACAAUGGAAGUCUACAUGAGAUUAGGAUCCAAAUGUCAAUCACUUUUUCUAUUAGGGGACCUAUACUACAUUUUGUUAAUCACUUUUUGGGUUUGAUGACAAUUCUGAUAUACUCCGUCCGUCCCAUAAUAACUGAGACAUUUUUAAUAAAAAAGUGUCCCAAAAUAACUGUGUCAUUUCACUUUCCAAUACAGUAUUAAUUACUUUUUUCAAAUUAUAACUCUAAUUAAUAUUACUUUCACCACUUCCAAUACAAUAUAUUCUACUUUACAUUUAUGAUAAAGAAGAAUGAACCAAUACUUAACAAAGACACUCAAAACCAUUUUUCUCUCUCCUUCACUAAUAUAUUUUUCUUAAUAAGUGUGUAAUGAGCAAAUGGUUCAAUUAAAUUGGGA